AUGCCCAGGUCGCCAUCGUCGCGCGACGAGCAGGAGUCAGUGAGGUCGGCACAAGCGAACGUCGGCCUCGCCGCCGACGACAUCUGGUGCCCCGGCAGCUGCAACCGCUCAUCCUAUCGGAGACUCAAUCGACGACUUUGGAUCAGGUGCUGCAAGAUAGCCGAGAAGUACGCUAAGCUGGGCUCGGCGACGCGCUCGCAGCGGCGUGUUCGCGACGUGAUCCCGGAGUCGCGGCUCGCCACGUACGGCGACUUCGAGUACGAGGACGAGACCGGGCUUCACCCGAGCAACGGAUCGCGAAACAACGACGACAAGCAGCUGCCCUGGAUGCUGGACGAGGUCGAGGAGUAUCUCGCCAGGAUAGCCGACGCUGGCAAACGAAGCCGCUCCAUCAGGCAACAAGUAACGAAACGUGACGAAACGUCGUCAGAUUCGCAUAAAUCGAGUAAUCAAACGGCGUCGGUCCGAGAAGACAGAGAUAAAACGCCGGCCCUGAGCAUGCGAGAAAUCAACGAGAUAACGUCGACGACAGCGACGCCGCCGCGCUUCAGCGUGACGAACGUGUCGGAGGCGCAGCUCGAGGGUCGCAUCUUCAGCGAGGCGGUUCGCAACCUGUGGCGCUCGCCCAGUCCGCCGAGGCGGUCGACGACGACGACGCUCGCGGCCCAGCAACGGCAGCAGCACCAGCAGCGGCAGCAACAGCUGCUUCACCACGGACUUCGCGACGAAUUGCAGCGAGAACUCGGAUUGUUGAGGACGCGCUCCAGGGCCAGCAGCGACGUACAGCAAACUCACAGCAAUUUCCAGGCGGAGAGACUUCGAAUGCCGAGUCGUCUCCACUAUCCGUACGUGCAGACGCUGAGUGCGAUGCAGCAGCAACGUGCGGCGCCGCUGUGCGUGGAGGUACCGGAGUUCUUGCUGAGCAGCAACAGCAAAAGUGGUGUGGCGUGGCCGCUGCCGGCAACGACGACCGAUGAUCACGCCAAAUACGCGGAGAGUCCCUACCAGGACGAUGCGUACUCGUACAAGGCUCACGUACAGACCGCCAGCAGGAAAGCCGUCGCUUUGUACCAAAACACUCUGAUGCCAAUGGUUCCAACGCCUAUAGUGAGCACACUGCUCUGGCCGUCCCAGACGUGGGCUCAAAGAAUAUUGCCGUCGCCGGUCCCGAUUCACCAGAUACCGACGCCCCCGCCAGCGAUACCCAUACCAGCACCGGCACCGGCGCCGAUGUGUCCGAUCGUCGUUCACCGACCACCCGUCAGGCUUACCGAGGCUACCGCCAACAAACACCCGACGACGGCCCAUAAGCACAUCCCAGUUUAUCAGCGAACUGCCAAAAUCAACCAGGAAUACCCGCAGCGGAGAAAAAGCCAGGGUGUGGACUUCAACAAUCUGAUAUUGCUGACGAAGAGCGCGAUGAAGGUGAGGAAGACUCAAGUGAAGCCGGCGAGGAAGUCGUUCGCCGAGUCCGCGAGGACGAGCCACGUCAAGCCCGACGCCGCGACCACGAGGUGGCUCGACAAAGGAUACCAGAAACGAGAGCGGGAAUUCGUGUCGGUGAGCACGUCGCAGCCGAGCGGCGUGGGCCGCGCGACGACGUCGUCCGACGACGAGGACGAGGAAGCGGCCACGGCCAGCCCGCCGGCGCGCGACGCCGAGGCGCCGAGCUUGGAGGGGAGCUACGACGAGCUGGAGCGCCAGGCGAUGGAGCAGUAUCGGUCCUCGGAGGAGUGCCUCGCUCUCCGAUACCAAGAGUUAGAGCAGCAGGCUUUGGAACAGUAUAGAGCGGCUGAGAGCACGGAGAGUAUACACGAGAGUGCUCGUACGAAUCGACGGAACGACAAGCAGGAGAAGAUCGAUAAUGUCAACGAUGUCGACGACAACGACGAUGACGACGCCGACGGACAGACGCGGGAUUGCUGCUCGUCGGGGUUUGGAAAGUGCAAAAGUCCCGAUCUCGCCGACGAAGAAAAAGAGGAAAGGGCUGAGCAGCGGCCCGCGCGGACAAGGAUCCAUCGCGCGGAGGUGCAGCGCGUCGCGAGCGAGGGGAGCUUGCGCCGUCCGAUCGCCGUUGCCAGGAGACUGCCGCAGAGCAGGAGCCAGAAAAUCACCGACAGGGGUACACUGGACGACAGCGCUGUGAAAGCGUCAUCGUCGCUAUCGUCGCUGAAACGCCGCCUGGCGCCAAUGUUACCCGCAGAACGCACCAAUUCUGACGGAUGUCCGGCGACGACGAAAAAUCUAGACCCCGUGAAGGUUGCAGUGCAAACUCUUGACAAACAUGUUGCUACGUAUUAUCGCAGCAACAACAUCAGUCAGACUGGUAGCGGUGAUGCCAAAGUCAACAGUACUGCAGUGUGGAUGUCGGACUUUUGGAGCUAGUCCAAGGCAACUGAAUGCCAGAGGCAGAGUGGCAGAUUUUAAAGAGCGUACACGGAAGCAAAGCACUUUGCCGUGGUUAAUUUUGUACCAAAGCUAUUUUCUGUUCUACGUUGUAAAAUGUACGUAGUAAUUGUUAGUCUUAUUAUCUUUUCUUAGAAUAACGACUUGAAAGAUUCUAUUUUUUUUACAUUUAACGAGUAUUUGC